ACGGUCGCACGCGAGACGCCAUAUUGAGAAAGGGGUUGCGAGUGUUGAGCCGAAUGUGCGAGCUGCGGUGUUUACGCGGUUCCGGAUAAAGGCCGUGAUACAGUUUGCGCGUCGAUUCCGUGGCAGUUGUCUAGAGUACGGUGCAUCGUGACGCGUGUGCCACCGAGACGGGCGUGUAGCGACGCUGUCAUGAGCGGCAGCGACGGCGAGGACGGUCGAUGCGAGAAGAGCACCGCCGUCGCCGCCACCACCGCCACCACCACCGUCGCCACCAUCAUCACUGGGGAAAGUGGCGUAGCCGAAGCGAUGGGCGACGACUGCGGUCCGGCGACGGCGAUGAAACGACACUGCAACGACGUCGUCGCCGUCGCCAAUCACAACGAGUCCGCAACGUGGACACACCGGGACACGGAUGCACCGAGCGACUACGAGAAUGUAUUCCCCGCAUUCGCGGAUUCUGAUCCUACCGGGUGUGGGACGACUGAUCAGAGUGUGAUAGACGCGUUUAUCAGAGGCGCAAGGGCGGCUGAUGAAGAUCGUCGCAAGUUGUCUCUAGUAAGCACCGAUGUGCUUGCCAAAUUGUACUCUUCUGCAGCAGCUCUGGAUGGUCAGUCACGUCUUGGAAAGGAAUCGUGUUCUUGUGAUAACACAGCUGAUCACAAAGCUAAACGAGACAUGUUCAGAGAGGAACUGCAAAAGGCUAUGAAUUUCCAAAAUCUAUGGAUGGAAUUACGGCAGUACAUACGUACUGACUUUAACGUUGCUCUAGAAGCUACUCAUAUAUUUGAUUCUUCGCAAUCUCAUCGUGGCAAAUUUACUACUGAUAUGCACAAUACUGUUACUCAAUUAUGUAAAAGAGAUUCCCAUCAACUUUUCAUGAGAUUAGUGAGCCAAGCGCAAGAGUUUGUGAUAGAAGUAAAAAUCCGUUUGUUUGCUCUUCUACAUGAUCAUAGUGUGAAUUUAGCUGAAAUUUUUCUCACUGGUCUCUUGAAUGACUAUGAUGCUCUUGUAUCGACGGCGAUACUAAUUUCUGAAUUAGUAAAACCGUUAAAAAAGUGCCUCAACUUCAAUUUGACGUGGGACUGCUUUAUUAAGAAGUUAUAUCAGAUUUAUGUAUAUAAUGACGCUUUAGUGCAGAACAAUUUACCUACAUUUAUUGGUCAGCUGAGGAAACUUCUACCGUUGAAGGACUCCAAAUACCAAGCUCUUGUUCAUAGAUAUUUAUCUUUUGAUGAUGAAAUGACGAGGAUCGGUAAUUUAUGGCCCGAAACUGAGCCAUGGAUGGAUAAAUAUAAUGCAGAACAAGCUGUUCGCAUGACGAGACUUAGACAAAUUAGAGAAGCUUGGAAAUUGUUCACAGCAACACGUAAAUUUAUGGAGCGCAAUAUGUUGAACAAAACAUCUGAUAUUGGAAGUGAAAUGCAAGAGAUUCACGGACAGUUUUCAUCGCUCAUUGCGCAUACAUCUGGAAGCGAUAGUCCCCCUUUAAGUCCAUCAUUGGAUUUUAGUUCAGAUUCUAUAGCUAUGCCAUCAAGCAUAGAGAUAGUUCAAAUAUUGUUAGAUGAUUGGAAUAAAGCACAGCAUCAAAAAUUAGCUGACAUAGCCGGUGCAUUGACUGCCACUGAAGUAGAUACCGCUGGACAAGGUGAUUCUAACUGCUACGAUUACACACGUGCCACAUGUCAGUUGGCGCAAUACGCUAUCAGAUCAGUGAGGACUCACAAUGAUGACUCUGGUGACACAGAGAAUGGACUUGAGAAUGGAAAAGAAUGCGAAUGUUCUACAUGUAAUGAAACUGGGGUAGGCCAUAUGGAUACGCAAUAUAAGGAUGAAAAUAUCGAGAAGGAUGAGGCAAAUUUAUUUUCAUCCUUCAGUAAUGGCUUUCCAGAAAUAUCUACAAGUUGUACAACAACGCAAGUUAAAAAGAAACUAGAUCAUUCAGACGAUGAGAACAAAAAGAAAAAAGAAUUGGGCAUGCGUGACGCUUCGCACAAAUAUACCGGUUCAAAGACAUCCGAAUCGGAUCCUUGUCUAUGUGUUUAUCAACACGCGCAAGAAAUAGCAGAAAGAAAGAAAGAAAUUCUAGAAAGUCCACCUUGUCCUUGUCUGCUGAAUUCGAGACGCAAAUGGGAUAUAUGUCCUUGCCUCCCUAAAUCCAUACCUGAAACGGUCGUAGCGAUUGGUCGUCCAAAAGCGACAUCACCUACUUCUGUAAAGGUUAAUUCAGAACCGAGCCAGAAACCCGCCGUAAAGAUUGGUUCCACGCAAUCCGCCCAAACUCAAACGAGGCAUUCUACAACGCAAACUCACAAUCACAGCAUGCAUCAGGGUAGGUGUAACACUCAUUCGCACGCUCACGGACCGCUACCAGAUCUGACGAAAAACACAGGUUCGUGUUCUCACCCCAGACUUCGUCCACUUAAUCAUACACCGCAUGCGUGCCACAAGCAAGCCAACGUCGAACAUAUCAAGAGAAUGUCGUGUAACGAUUUGAGUUCAGGAGAUGGAGACUGUUCAGAUUCAGGGAGUAGUCAGGGGGACUCGUGCUCCACCAGUAGUUCUGCACAAAGAGAUGCCAACAUGAGACACUGUGACUGUUGCUACUGUGAGGUCUUUGGCCAUGGGAUGCCGUCAGUCGCGCCAGUGAGUCGGAACUAUAAGGAAAUGCGGGAACGGUUACGGCAACUUUUGACGAAGAAAAAAGCGAAGAAAUGCAAAACCGUCGUACCUGGCUGUAGUCCGCAGAAAAGUCCAUCAGAAUCGUCAAUUUCUAACACCAAUUCCGAAUCCAAAGCUGUGGCAAAUUCAAUUCUCAGAUCAAAUACUCCACUUUCGACGGCAUCCACGGUGCAGUAUGAUCAACGAGAUCAGCGGGAUUUAGAGGAAUUGUUGGAAUUUAUUGAAGGUAAUCACACUGGGAAAAAAGAUAAUAAAAAGGCCGAAAAGAAAGCGAGGCAGAAGCAACGAAAGCUCGAAGAAAAAUUAAAGAAGGACAGACAAGAAGCGGAAAGACAAAAGUUGAUAGAAUUACAAAAAAAGACUCCGGAGGUAACGAUCACUGUUGUCGAUCCUCAAAAGCCCAUACCUCAAAGAUUAUUGCCUCAAUGUAAUUUACCGGAAGUUUCCAUUUUGCCAACGUCGCCAUCAGUAUCUUUAUCUACAGUAAAACAGUUAAAUAAUAGAAAAAAGGAUAAGCAAGAAGUUUCUAGCAAUAGUAGUAAUAACUGCGGUAAUAAUAGUAUUACUAACUUGAGUAACAAGACGAAGACGACGAAUUCAAACGCAAAAAAUAAGAGUAUUAAUAGCACGGAAAAGUGUGAAGUACGAAAUACGAAUUCUAGCCAAGGGAAUAAUAAGAGUAACGCGAAAAACGAUAAAGUUGAGAGCAAUAAAGGCAGCAAGCCAUCAGCAAGUAUUAAUAAUAUUAUGUCUACGAAAAACAGUACGAAUAAUAAUGCGAAUAAGUUAUCUGAUGUCGAUUUACUUGAUAAGAAGUUGACGAAAAAGGAGCGAAAAAAAUUGAAGAAGGAAAUGAAGAAACUGGAAGAAGCAAAGGCAAAAGAAACUGAAAAUACAGUACAUACAGAAUCUCAACCGCAAAUAGUUACUAUUAGAAGGGAGAUAAAUUCGAACAGUGCUGAACCUACGGUUACAAUUACUUUGAAAGGCCAAACUCCGGCUGAGGAUAAGGUUCUAUUUACGUUAGUGAAUGGACAGACCAAGGAACCUUCCCAUAAGUCAGAGCAAGAACAAAACCAAAGUAACAACGGAAAAAAGAAAAAAGUUAAAGCGAUUAACAAUAAUAAUUCCUUGCAACAAGGAAAUAAAUUACAGCAAUCGAAUAAUUCAAAGCAGCAGACUCAGACUAAAGUCAACGACGGUAAGAACUUGAAGCAACAAGCAAAUAACGAAAAGUCGAAAAGUGGUAAACAGACAGAAGAGAAAAAAAUUCAACAACAGAAUGUCAACGAAGGCAAAAAUUCUAAAUCGAAGAAAGACAAGAGAAAUACGGAGAAUAAAGAGAACGUGUUGCAGCAACAAAAUGUAGUGAACAAGAAUAAAAAUCAACAAAAUGCGACCAACAAAAAGCAAAAUAAAGCGAGUACUCCUCCCCAGACACCGGUGUCGCAAAAACAGCAGCAGCAGCAAAAUCAUAUUAUAAGUGAAUCUGCAAUUAGCAAGAAGGCAAAGAAGCAACAACAGCAACAUGAUAAAAAUUUGCAAUCGAACACCAGUAAAAGCAAUAAAAAUAAUAAUAAUGCGAAUAAUAAGAACGUAUCGAAUAAGAGCGAUUCUCAAAAAAGUAAUAAUGUAAAUAAAACGAAUCAAACUACCAUAAGUAAGCAACGUGCGCCUGCGGAAGUCCAAAAUACGUGUUCCGAACGAGUUAGUUCGCCAUCGCUAAGUAGUCAGUUUAAAGACAUCGGACCGAACUCUAAGAUUAACAUCGAAAAUCUCAAGUUACCACCGGGCAUCACGAUCACAAAGGUCGACGCGCCGCCAAAACCGCUUCCAAUCAAAACGGCUCCUUUGCCGAAACCAGUAAAUCCGCCCAAGCAAACUACCAUUAUCGCCGCGCCGAUGAGCGGCGUUCAGUCCAGCUACGCGAGUCCGCAAGCAGGUGGAAAUGUUAUAGUGGUGGAUACGGGCAAGCUCAAGCAAGAUCUGCUACCAAAAGCUAAUGAAAAAGAUUCAUCGAAGGAUUCUCAGCCUCAAAGUACCGCUACCGGUAAAAAGAAGAAAAAGAAAAAUAAGAAUUCAGCCAAUUCGGGCAAUACAGCGGCAAUGCCGCCAGUGCAGAACAGCGACGCAUUUGUGAACGAUCAUAUGAUGGACGAGCCGGCGAGAAUACUGCACAAUCCUGGGACGAAUAUGGUGACUAUAAGGAACCCAUCGUUCGGACCGAUGAAAGUGCCGCCGACGCAGCAAGCUGCGAUCAUUAAAGUGUCGGAGAACGGCAUGGUGACGAUCCGAAGUCCAGCUUUGCAGCAGGCGAUCAAUGCGGGCUUGACGUCACCACCUAAGCCGGAUUACAUAGUCAAGGGCGAUCUGUCGUCGUCAUCGACGGGCAGAGUGACGACGACUGAUUGCGGUCAGCUGAGCGUGAAACACGCGAACGGUGUCAUAUCGUCGAGCCUGGCGGAAUUGCGCAGCCGAUUGAGCGCGCAGCCUGAUUGCGCGUCGUCCUUGUCCGAGCUUGCCAAUAUCCAGAUCAGCCAGAUGACGAACGGCCAACCGAUACCGGAGAACGGCAUCAAUCUCAAGGGUACCAGCGUCACCCUGACGAAGGUGAGACCCGAGGCAACGAGCAUGGAUGAUGGGCGACAAGCAUCAGCCAAGUGUGCCUCAGUGAAGGAGGCGAUAAACACCACUUCGAUAACAGCGGCCAACGGUGGCGGCAGCGGUGGUGGUGGUGGUGGCGGUAGCGGGAAGAGCAAGAAAAAGAAAAAACGCGGAAGCGGCACGGGGCAGUGCGGAGAUGACUUGGACCUCGUUGAGGUAUUCACGCCCAAAGAUAUAGACCUCGUAAAUGACGAGGAGAUGGACGAUGAUGAACGCGAACUGGAGGCCUUCAAGCGAUUCUGCCUACAAUCGGUGCCGCCGUUGCAUAAGGAGAAGGUCAACCUAAAUAUCAAGGACAUCGUGUUGAAGAAAAAAUCAUCAUCGUCCUCGUCGUCAUCUUCGUCAACGUCGUCAUCGUCAGCGGCGACAGCGACCGCUGUAAUGGCGGCCAAUUGAUUUGUAUAAUAAUUUGAAUAAUUCUGCAUUAUAUACCAUCCGCGUGCCCUGGCACGUGAUUACUGCCAUUUUCGAUGAUUCGACAUGCGGUUUAGAACGCGAUCACAUUACAAAUGAUUCGCGUUUUUGCUAAUAUUGUCGUCGUCAUCGAUUCCGGGUUUUUACAGAAAGACAAGUAUGUAAUGCCUUCGUAGAUAAAUAUUUAAAUGUUAAUGUAUUAGAGUGAAAAAAAACUCUGAAAGACGAUAGAAUUGAUCGUAUAACGAUUAUUGUAUAUGUAUAUCGCUAAAUGUAAUUAGGGAUAUAAGUUUCUUUUGUGACGAAACGAUGAAGUUUCUCUCGCGAGACGUCGUUUUGAAACGUCGUCUUGGACGAGGUGAACAAUAUUUGUAAAAUUGAACGAUAUUUGAUCUCGUCGGUACUUUAAGGAUAAAUACGGUUGUAAAGUUAAACGAUAAUUUCGUUAAAAUAAUUGAUACGAGAGGAUAUAUGCUGCAUUUGCAGCUUUGCAUCUUCUCGCACCGGCGAGGGAUCAGAGAACUUGACGCAAAUGCACGUAACUGUGCGUGACGAUAGACAGAUGGACGUACAUAUUGUUCUCUUCUUUUCUUUUUUUUCUUUAAUAAACAUAGUUGCGCGUUUUUAUCCACUUAGAGCGUCUGUGUAUCACCUUUAUGUGUCUCUGUAUCUACAUUCUCCUUGUAGGAGUAGCAUGUAUUCGUAUAAGUAGUCUAUAUUAGUAUAGGACACACCGAGAAGGUUUAUAUAUAUAUAUAUAUAUACAUAUAUAUAAUUCAACAAAUGUACGUCGCAAUGUUUCUUAUUGUAAUUAAAGUACUUUUUAUACUGUAAAUCAAA